GUUGAUGACAGCCCACUUGCCCGUUAACAGGGUGACGCGGCCAUUCUGGCGGGGACUCUAUGCCGUCCACGUCGCCAUUCGUGACGGAUGGAUCGCUACACGCCGGUUCUUUUGGAACGAGCCGUUGUUUCGCAGCCAAUGCGAGGCAAUCGGCGCACAGUUUCAGAUGGAGGAAAUCCCUUAUCUCACCGGUAGGGGCCGGAUUGUCAUCGGGAGUGGUGUGCGGCUAUCGGGUAAAUCGGGUAUCGGCUUUACCAGCAGGGUGACGGCUCAACCCGAGCUAAAAAUCGGAGACAAGACGUUUGUCGGACAUGACUGCAGUUUCAGUAUCGCCAAGGCGAUCUCUAUCGGCCGGAACUGUCUCUUGGCGGGAGGUGUUUCCAUCCGUGACUACGAUGGUCACCCUCUCGACGCCGAGGCUCGCCGUGCAGGCGAGUUCGUCGUACCCGAAGCGGUUCGGCCUGUUACGAUCGGUGACGACGUAUGGCUCGGGUCUGGUGUGCGGGUUCUGAAGGGCGUGACUAUCGGCGACCGCGCGGUAGUCGCGGCAGGAUCGGUCGUCGUCAAGGACGUUCCGGCAGAUACGGUCGUCGCGGGGGGGCAACCCGUGCUGGAGAGUAGCACGAAAGAGCCGCUGGCUGACACGCCGCGGCCGAGGAGCCUUUGGCGUCGUGCGGCGACGUGGAGCGUGUGGGGUUACACCGUUGCGCUGGCGGUGAUUGUCGGUUCUCUAUGGAUUGGGACCGACCGUUGGUGGUGGGCGACGAUCCUUGCCUUCGCCCCGCGCUGGCCGUGGCUGGUCCCCGCACCUUUGGUGCUAUUGUUUGCGGUCUUCGCCCGUUGGGGAGUCGGCGCUUGCGCGCUGAUUAUCACAUUGGGCGCUGUCCUGAUGGGCGUGCGUGUGAAUUUGCCUCUUCCGCGGGAGCCCACAGGAGCCGAAUUCCGACUCGUUACGAUGAAUGUCGCAGCAGGCGCUGUGGAGCCCGAGCACUUCGUUGCCGUUUGGCCCGAGCUCACGGAU